GGCCGUCAAGUCGCACAAACGCAGUGCGAGCCGCGAGCCGCGAAGCCACGUCCCACGUCGUGGCAGUGCAGUGCUCCUCGCCGUGCUCGUCGCCGUGCUCGUCGUCGUGGCCGUGAUGGCGACGUCGUGACCCUGGCGGAUCAUUUUGGGAGCACACAGAACCGCGUUCUCGGAAGGAAGACGGUCCUUGUGUGCGAAUCAACUCCCAACUCGCUUUCGCGUGUCACCGCCGCGCCGCCGCGCUCCGCGAUGUGUGCGCGCACUGCGCGGCCGCUGUCGUGGCCGCUGGCCCUGCUGCUAGCGACAGUGUGCUGCACUGUGUCGGCCGUGGACAAGGAGCAGGCCGUCGUCGUGGACGUCCCGCCGACCACCGCGGGGCCACCGAGCGACGACGCGGUGCUCGCCACGCUGGAGCACGUCGCCAAGGACGUGCCCCACGUUCUGGAUGACGUCAACAAGAACUUGCCCGUCGCGCUGGAGAAGACCGGGGCCCUGUCCGAGGCCGUGCCGAAGGUGAUCGACCAGGUAGGGAAGAGCCUCCCCCACAUCCUGGACAAGUCUCACGAGGUGGCCAUGAAGGACGUGAAGGACGAGAAGGACGAGAAGGAGGCCGAGGCCCUCCCGGAGGACGACGGCCUGGCCGAGGCCAUCAGGGUGGCGCUACCCUCGGCGCUGCCUUUGGACCAGGAGAGCGGCGAGUCCCCGACCGAGGCCCUGCACAAGGCGCGCCUGUCGCUGCAGCGCACGCUGGACCAGGUGCUGCAGGAGGCCGAGGAGUGGGCGCAGCACUCCAAGGACGACGCCACCGGCCAGUACGAGGACUACGAGGACCUCAGCGGCGACGACGCCAUCGCCGCGGAGGAGGCCCUGCACAACACGCGGGCGGAGCUGCAGAAGAGGCUCGACGACAUGCUGACCGAGGUCGAGAAGCAGGCCCUGGAGCAUGCCAUGGCCGAGGAAGGCAGCGGGGACGCCGCGGACGACAACGCCCUACCGGAGCUUCCCGUCAGCACCACCACAAGCCCCGCCAAGGAGGCCGUCCCGGACGAACCCGGUGAAGGCGAUGACAAUCAGGUGCAAGGGAAGCUCCUCACGUUCGCUGACGUCCCGGAUCUUGUACCGACGUCCACGCAGCCACCAUCGACGACAACACAGCCGACGACGACGCUCCAGCCGUCGUCGACAGGCGAACCUUCAACGACUUCAAGGCCGUCGUCGACUUCAAGACCGUCGACAACAACGGACAGCCCAGCCACGUCCUCCUCGACAGAGCCGCCAACACCAGCACCCCCCACGACGGAGUCUCCUUGGCGGCACCUCGUGGUGCCGCUGAACCAAGCGGAGUCCGAGGGGUCGGCCGCCAUCCCGGCCGCCGUCCACGGGGACAGGGACGCCGGUACGCGCGAGGUGGCCCUGAACGACGACGUCGUGGAGGCCGCGGUGGCGGCCGCAGCGACCUUGGACGCGGACAGGACCAUGGCGACGACGAACGCGCUGUCCGGCAGCGCGUGCCCCGCCAAGCAGCCCGAGCCCCUGAGGCUGCCCGCGCUGCCCAACGGCGCCCCCGAGUCCUUCAACCCGCAGUGCGCCGCCGAGUCCCGCCUGCUGGACCUCAACCUCCGGAACCACACGCUGUGGGCGGUGCAGAUGCAAGACGCCGGCUCGAGCGGCAUCUCUGGCCUGCUGGAGGGCAACGUGUACCAUCUGGGCAACUUCGACGAGUGCAUGGAGGUGCUGGGCCCGGUGAGCGCGCAGUACUGCGUCGUCGACGUGCACGUGCACACUCCAGCUCGCACGCCCGACUACCGCCACCACCCGGACACGGCGGCCGACCCCAUGCAAUCCGUUUGGAACCACAUCAGGCACGAGGGCGAGGCGUGGCGCUUGCCGCUGGACACCCUGCACGUGGCGAUCUGCGCCCCCGCCAGCUGCAGCCCCCGCGACCUGCAGGACAGCGUGCAGCGCGCCCUGGACAGCCACGCGGGGGGCCUCACGUCGCGCCUCCCCGUCGCCUACACCGUCACCGUGUCCGAGGCCCUGUGCACCUCGGCCGCCAAGCAGAGGCCGCCCCUGUCCAAGGGCGAGGCCGUGUACAUCGCCCUCGUGACUCUGCUCGUCCUUGCCGUGAUCGCGGGCACACUCAUCGACGUCUACGCCACCAAAAAAAAGGGCAUGGUGCGGAAGCCUCUGCUGCUGUUCUCCCUGAAGAGCAACUGGCGCCUGCUCACCAAGACGGACCCCAAGCCCAUGGGGCUGAACCUGGACGCGCUGUCCGGCGCGCGCACCAUCAACAUGCUGGUGCUCGUCGUGGCGCACCGAGGCUUCAACUUGCUGCGCGGUCCGGUGCACAACUACAACCACUUCGAAAAGAUGCCCCGCGCGCUGCUGCAGACCGGCGCCACGCACGCCCAGCUCUUCGUGGACACCUGCUUCGUGAUGAGCGGCCUGCUCGUGUCGCUGCUGGAGCUGACGCGCGCGCACGCGCACGGCAAGGACAGCGACUCGCGCGUCACGCUCAUGGCCGCCUUCGUGCACCGAUACGUCCGGUUGACGCCGAGCUACGCCCUGGUCGUCUUCUUCUACGCCACCAUCUUCUGGCGCCUCGGCUCGGGCCCGCUGUGGGACCAGGUGAUCGGGCACGAGAGCCAAGCCUGCUCCAAGUACUGGUGGACCAACUUGUUCUACGUCAACAACUACGUCAGCUCGGAGAAGCUGUGCAUGUUCCAGUCGUGGUACCUGCCCUGUGAUCUACACCUGUUCUUCAUCGGAACGAUUCUAACGCUGCUGCUGUCCAGGCAUCGAAGGACGGGGCUGGCCUUCAUCGUCGUGUUCCUGGCCGUCUCCAUGAUCAUCCCCUUCUUCGUGACGCUGCUCGGGAGCAAGCCGGCCCUGCUGGAAAUGCUGCCCAGCUUGUUCCGCGCCCCGGACCAGAGUGAAAACUUCCGCACCAUGUACGCCCCGACGCACAUCCGCGCGGCGCCCUACAUGGUGGGGCUGCUGGCGGGCUACCUGUUCCAGCGCCUCGCCCUCAAGUACAAGGACCGCUUCACGGCGCCCGUCACCUGGCUGCUGUGCGCGGGCGGGGUGGCGCUCGGCACCGCCGCCCUGCUGUCCUCCGUCGCGUUCUACGACCCGGACACCAACUACAGUGGCGUGGUGGCGGGGCUGUACGCCGCCCUCUGCCCGGUGGUCUGGUCCGUCGGGGUUUGCCUCUUCUUCGCUAGCAUUGUGCUCGGCAGCAAAACGCUGGUCUCCACCAUCCUCUCCUGGAAGCCCUUGGUCGUCCUCAGCCGCCUCACCUACAACGUGUACCUCACGCACUGGGCCUUCCAGAUGGUGUCCGUUGCCAAGGCCCGCGCCCCCUUCCAUCUGGACGUGUACAACCUGUUCUUCCUCUCCUUCGGGGACAUGGUCUUCAGCUUCAUGGCGGCGCUGGUCCUGUUCCUUCUGGUGGAGGCGCCCUUCAGGACCCUGGCGAGGGGGAUCACGGCCCCAGCCCCGGAGAGCAAAGUCCAUCUGGAAGCCGCUCGCGAAGGGAGAGCCACAGCCUUGGAAGAAGCCUUCAAAGUGGCAAUGAGCCGUAGUAAGGAGAACCCAUGAGUCUGAUGAGUCAGAAAUGCGAAGCUUGUCGUUUCUAAAGAUAGUACAAUAGUUGAUAUUAUAUAUGUUGCCCUAGGAUUCUUUUUAGUGUUUUCUCCUAUUUGGUAUUUUUUAAGUCUCAAAUGACUGAGGGAAUGCCCCAUGAGAUGGCUAUGUGCAGCCUUUGACUGAAUUAUUUUUUAUCAUGUCCAAGUUACAGGAGAGGGGGAAAAAAGAGAGACAAUAAUAUUUGUGUUUUGUUUUCAAUACAUGAUUUAUUAAAUUAUUUGUUCCACAA